UUCAGGGAAUUAUGUCCCUGGAAACGAACACCGAAAGCCAUAUUCAAGUUGAAAGUGUAUCAGUGGAGGAGUAUGCCCAGUACUUGGCUCAGGUUCAAUCUGUGGGGCAGGGGGUGGUGGAGGGAGAGACUGUUACUCUAGUACAUGCUGCCGGGGAGCCAGACUGUCACCAGACAGUACUGGUCACCCAGCACGAUGGCACCACUGACCUGGGUCAAGCCAUUGAGGCAGUCACAGCCUCCAACCCCAAUGCCACGGUGUAUGUCACCCAUCAUGCCCUGGAAGGAUCAGAUGCGGAUGCCCAAUAUGCCCGGGCCAUGGGGCUGCAGCCGGGCACGGUCCUGGUGGCGCACACGGCGACGGAUCUGGGGGCGAUGGAGGGCCUGGAUACAGAGACGCUAACAGCUAUUCAUCCCACGGGAUUGUUCCUCUCCCAGGUGCCACAACCUGAGCCACAGCCUCUCAGCAGUCAGAUCAAGAAACCAGUGGGAAAGGGCCCCUACACAUGCGAAAUCUGCUCAAAGGUGUUCAACAAAUGGAACCAGCUCCAGAGGCAUGUGAAGUCACACGAUGAAGAUAAACCGUUCCGUUGUCAUCACUGCUCCAGCUCAUUCAACAUGGAGGACAAUCUUCGGCUCCACCUGGCCACACACGUGGGAGAGAAUGAGGAGCCAACAUGCCCAGAGUGUGGCAAAAAGUUCUCGCGUAUCGCCAGUCUGAAGGCCCACAUCAUGUUGCACGAGAAGGAGGAAAUCUUGAUGUGUCCAGAAUGUGGAGAUGAAUUCAGUUUACAGAGUCAGUUGGACCGUCACAUUAGAGAGCACCGUGAGGAGCAGGAAGGAACGAGGACCUUUCCCUGCAGACAGUGUACCCAGGAGUUCCCACGCCUCACUCUACUGAGGGAGCAUAUGAAACAGCACUACCGGAUCAAAUCAUCGUUACACCAUCGUUCCUACAAGCGCAAUGUGGACCGCUCUGGCUUCAGCCAUAAAUGUCCCACCUGUGGUAAAACAUUCCAGAAACCUAGUCAGCUGGAGAGACAUAAUCGUAUACAUACAGGAGAAAGACCGUUCAAGUGUACAAUGUGUGAAAAGGCAUUUAACCAGAAGGGUUCCCUACAGAUUCACAUGACUAAACACACAGGAGAGCGACCUUACAUCUGCGACUUCUGUGACGCGGCCUUCUCCCAGAGAGGUAACCUAAGGGCACACAUAAAGCGAGUUCAUCCUAUGGUGUCUGAGAAAGAUCCCAGUGACUUGUAUCGUUGUGAAGAGUGUACAUGUGUGUUCAGAAAGCUGGGCAGUCUUAAUGCUCACAUCAGCCGCAUGCAUGUUGAGCCAACGGAGCUGCCUACUCAGGUAGAGAUGCGGCGUGUAGCUGACCCAGGCAAACAGGUGACAGAUGUGAUAGAGCAGCUCCUGCAGCUCUCUGGCAACAAUGAGACAGACGAUCCCACAACGGACCAACCACUGGAGGCAGAUGAAGCUCACUCCCAACAGCUCGCUCAAGUCGGUGAUGUGGCAGAGAAGGCAAGACAAGCAUCUGAUAUACUGCAGCAGGCAUUAGAGAAUAGCGGGCUGACCCACACCUCUGCUGCAUCAGGCACCAGCACAGUGAUUAACUCUGCCAUUGCCUCUAUAGCCGGGGACGGGGGUAUUCCAUCAGGCACUGCAGUCACUUCCACUCUGCAGGUGCACGAUUCUGCCACAGGCACCGUGAAGCGUCACGUUAUCAGAAAGGUGAAUGGUAUUCGCUGGCACCAGUGCACAUACUGCAGUAAGGAGUUCAAGAAGCCCAGUGACUUGGUACGGCAUAUCCGUAUCCACACUCAUGAGAAGCCCUACAAGUGUACUCAGUGCUUCCGUGCGUUUGCUGUGAAGAGCACCUUGACAGCUCACACUAAAACCCACACGGGCGUUAAGGAGUUCAGAUGUCCAGUCUGUGAUAAACAUUUCUCUACACAAGGCAGUCUUAAGGUGCAUCUCCGCCUUCAUACAGGAGCCAAGCCGUUUGAUUGUCCUGAAUGUGACAAAAAGUUCAGGACCUCGGCCCACCUGAAGAGCCAUAUCCAGUCCCACUACAAGGACGGAGCCAGCGUUCCUCGUACUCUGAGACGCUCGCCCAGACGAGCCUCCAAACCAGACGUGGCUAUCCCAGACAUACCACUACAGGAGCCCAUUCUCAUCACAGACACAGGGUUGAUACAGCAGCCAGCACGUAACACCAUGUUUCAGCAGUACCUAGGGGAAUCUAGCAGCAUGGACCGGCCGUACAAAUGUGGUUACUGUCAACGCAGCUUCAAAAAGUCCAGUCACCUCAAACAACACAUCCGUUCUCACACAGGAGAGAAGCCAUACAAAUGUUUGACCUGUCUGAAGGCUUUUGUGUCUAACGGUGUCCUGAAGGCCCACAUUCGCACCCACACGGGGAUGAAGGCAUACAAGUGUCUGAUCUGUGACUGUACCUUCACUACCAAUGGCAGUCUCAAGCGUCACAUGUCCACGCACAGCGAAGUGCGGCCGUUCAUGUGUCCUUACUGCCAAAAAACAUUCAAAACCUCAGUCAACUGUAAGAAACACAUGAAAACACACAGACAAGAGCUGGCUAUCCAGGCCAUGCAGGAGGGGCGUGACGGGCAGGGUGAUCUGGGAGAAGACGGGGCGGAGGGACUGGAGCAGACCACCACAACUGAGCUGACCUCCCUCACCCAGGGGGAUCUGACCACUACCACAACCUUGUCCUCAGAAAUUGGUCAGCAGUCUAUACUACAGGAGGCCCUCAACCAGACCAUAGAUCAACAGCUCACACUCACUUCUCAGGUUUUCAACCCCCAGUCUCUACAUCAACAGAACUUAGACCAGCAAUCUCUUACUCAGCCAAACUUAGGGCAGCAGUCACUCAACCAGCAAAAUCUAGGUCAGCAGAAUUUAGACCAAACAAAUCUUGGUCAGCAAUCUUUUACUCAAAGCCUGCUGGGAACACAGUUUGGCGCCUUCAACCAAAACCAGUUCACAGUUCAGGGGAAUCAGUUACCACAGGCUAUUGAUAUCAACACGCUAACUCCCAGCCUCAGUCAACCUACCAGCGUUUCUGGGAAUAAUAAUAUUGCUACCUCUCUAGCUAGUACUUCCAUGCAGAACAUACUACAGACCAGAGAAGCUGAGUACAACAGUUACAGCGCUGUUUCUCCUGAGGCUAACCAGGCUGAUGGAGAUGAUGGGAAGAGGUUUGUGUGUCAGUACUGUCAGAAGGCCUUCAAGAAGUCUAGUCAUCUCAAACAACACAUCAGAUCACACACAGGAGAGAAGCCAUACAAGUGUGUGACAUGUAAAAGGAGGUUUGUGUCAACAGGUGUGCUAAAGGCUCACCUGAGGACACACACAGGUGUGAAGGACUUCAAGUGCUCAGUGUGUAACACCCAGUUUACCACCAAUGGCUCCCUCACCAGGCACAUGGCCAUGCACAACAGCCUGCACCCGUUCAAAUGUCCGCUCUGCCCAGAGGUGUUCAGGACAGCUAUUAACUGCAAGCGCCAUCUGCGCACUCACAGGGAGACAGGAGGAGAGGAUCAGGAAGAAGAGCAGAACAGGAACCGUCCCCGCUGGUCACGCUCUCUCAGCGUCAUUCAGAUCACAGACGAAGAGGCAGCAGCGCUUUCUAAAACACCCGACAAAAACAUCUCUGUUUCCGAGAAAAUACUGCUGGAGUCGGCAUCAGAGAAGAACCGCAUCAGUGAAGUCAAGGCAACUGAAGUGUUCAUUCGGUCUGACGAGCCCAAAUUCCCGCACGAGUGCGCUCACUGUAAUAAAAGUUUUAAAAAGCCCAGUGACCUUGUGAGACAUGUACGUAUACACACUGGAGAGAAACCCUACAGCUGUGAUCUGUGCGGGCGCUCAUUCACCGUAAAAUCAACGCUGGACAGUCACAUGAAAACACAUGGAACAGGUGACAAAAAUUACAAGUGUCACGUCUGUAGCUCCCUAUUCUCCACAAAGGGCAGUCUCAAGGUGCAUAUGCGGCUGCACACAGGGGCCAAGCCCUUCAAGUGUCCUCACUGUGACCAGCAGUUCAGAACCUCAGGGCACAGGAAGAGCCAUAUUGUGUCCCACCUCAAGGAAGACGCCCCAAAGAAACGCCGCACCUCGCCCAGGAUGGCCAACAUGCCAGCAGUCAGGCUAGUAGAUGAAAAUGACCAGCAGAUCUUGGCCAAUGGCAAUUCGGGCAUAGCGCUGAGUCAGGUGAUAAAUGUAGACCAAUCACAGUUGCAGCAGCAACAACAGCAGACAGUGCUUCCAGUGACGCUUGGGGAGGGCGGCACAUCGCUUAACGAGAGUGCAUUGGCGGCACAUGUUUUACAGGGUCUGGAGGGUAUACAGCUGCACUUUACCAGUAACCUGGGUCAGGGGGUGCAGAUUGGCGCUCUGGACACUGGCUUACUACAGCAGACUGUACAGAUAGAUGGGAACCUUCUCCAGCAGCUACAACAACAAGGUAACCUCAACAUCACCAUUAACCCUAACCUUCUGCCUCAGAACUUACCGGAAACCAGCCUCCUGCAGAAUGUCCAGAUACAGCCUGUGUCUGUCAUGGAAAACCUCAACCCUAACGUCAUUGUGCAGCCCAUGUCCACCAUUGUCCUGCCGGGAUUGGACAACCAGCAGAACGUUGCCAAUCAGGCUGCAGAAUUGGCCAACUCAGUGCAGCUUGAGCCAGGGCAGGAGGCGACCUUCCUGGUGGCAGCAGACGGAUCUGAGGCACAGCAGGUAAGGUUACAGCAGGCUGAUGCAACGUCUGGGCCACCCUUGUCCCUACUGCCUGACCCUGCCCCCCAGCCUGGCCAGGAGACCACCCCUGAGGAGGAUACGACCAGCCAGACUAAUGAGAACCUGACUCAUGAAGACUCGGCUAAUGUCAGUCUGGGCUCCACGGCAGCACCUGAUACCGACCGCAUUCACGUCUGCUUGAUGUGUCAGAAGGCCUUUAAGCGAGCCAGUCACCUGAAGGAGCACCUAAUUACCCAUGUGCCUGCUGCCACACUGCGCCGUGUCCGUGCUACCCCUCAUGUGUGCACCACAUGUAACAAGUCCUUCCAGAAGCCCAGCCAGCUGGAGAGACAUCUCCGUAUUCACACAGGAGAAAGACCUUUUGUGUGUGAAAUCUGCCAGCGAGCCUUUAAUCAGAAAAAUGCGCUGAUAAUUCACCUGAAGAAGCACAGCGGUGACAAGCCACACAAGUGUUCCUACUGUGAGCUGGCCUUCACUCAGAAAGGUAACCUGAAAACACACAUCAAGAGGGCUCAUCAUGUUGACAUGGUGCUGUCAAUGAACCUUCCUUCCAGUUCUGUGGGUAGUGUGCCUCAGCCUGCUACCACUAUCAGCGUCAUCUCUGACAGCGGGCAGGACGGCACCGUGGAGGGGGUAGAGGUGGAGGAAGAAACGGUCCUGGAGACGAAUGCCUCUGAUGACACCACCCCCCAGGACGAGGCCUUAGACCUGGAGAUCACAGAAUUAUUUCAGUAGGGUUCCAAGGAUACUGUACCAGGGAUUUGAUGGUUGGUUGCUCUGGUUCUACAGAGCAUCACAACAACCUGCACACUGUAAACUUGAUUAUUGCAUUAAGUUAUUUGUGAAUGAAUGUGUCGAGCCAUUUCAAACAAUUUGUGUUGUUGAAACCCUUUUCUUGCCAAGACGCACAAAAGAUGGGUCUUCUUGUAUGGUGCAUGUACAUUUUAU